CGUAGAAAUAUAUUUACACUAAAUAAAAUAAAGGAUUGUAAAUAAAGUAUUUAAAUGUUUCCCAAACAAAAUAAUGGAAAGGUUUUUACGCGAAGAUAUUCAUGCAUCGUAAUCACCCCAUCUAAUCUGGUUUUGAUUUGAUUUUGAGAAACUCAAACUGCCACGUGUCGAUCCGAACACAACGAGCAGUUCUCGACGUUAAUAAAUUAAAUGUUCUCCAUUAAAAUAACCUUACCUGGUCCAAAAUCCAAAUACAGCAAAAGCCAUGAAGAAAGCGCUUCGAUCCCUUUUUAGGGAGAGAGAUUUGUGGUACUGUUAACGAAAGCCUAGCUCGUCGUGGUUGUGUGACGGCGGAGGCCCGGCGGCUUGAGAUUGCAAAUGAGGGGGCAAUUGUGGGGUUCGACUAGCUGAAUCGGAGAACAUGGUCGGCGAUUUCUAGUUUGGCCGUGUUUCUCCGAUUCCAAUCUCUCUCUAUCAUAGGCGUCUUUCCUUUGGUUUGGGCUAUAGGACUUGUUUCUUAUCGCGGCUGAUUUCUGGACCGGGGUCUUCCGGGCCGGUUCUCGUUAGACCGAUCUGGUGGAUUUUGUUCAAAUUGGCCGGUUCGUUGUUCUUUUUAUCUUUCGGGUUGUCCAUUGGGGAAAUAAUUGUUAUGCUCGAUCGAGAUGGUUUUCAAAACCAUUGUACGUAAAUUGAAGGAGAUUACAGAUGUAAUGGGAAGCAAAUCAAAACAAAAGUUUGAAAGGAAGACUUGGAGUGGCCGUACAAAGUCAUAUAUCGCGCCUGAUGAAGAACUACUACUACCCUGUGUAGAAUCAAUAGAUCAGGGGCAGUGGGCGAACCUCCCACCGGAAUUGCUUCUGGACAUUAUUCGAAGGAUAGAGGAGAGUGAGACCUCAUGGCCUGCCCGUGCUGUUGUUAUGUUUUGUGCUUCAGUUUGUAAGUCGUGGAGGGAAAUUACAAAGGAGAUUGUUACAACUCCAGAGCAAUGUGGCAAGAUAACUUUCCCCAUCUCAUUAAAGCAGCCGGGUCCUCGCGAGUCUCCCAUCCAGUGCUUUAUCAGAAGAGAUAGAACUACCUCCACUUAUUAUUUGUACUUUGGUCUCGCGCCUUCUGAAGCCGAGAAUGAUAAACUGUUGUUAGCUGCCAGAAAGAUCAGGAAGCGAGCACGUACAGACUUUGUGAUUUCGUUGGUUUCUAACGAUUUUUCUCGGGCCAGCAACACAUAUAUUGGUAAAUUAAGGUCUAACUUAUUAGGGACCAAGUUCACUGUAUUUGACAGCCAGCCUCCAUGUGAAACAGCAAUGCAAACGACUAGCCGCACAAACCGCAGGAUCAAGACUAAGCAGGUGUCUCCAACAGUUCCGGCAUGUAACUACACUGUAGGCUCAAUCUCAUAUGAACUAAAUGUUUUGCGGACAAGAGGACCUAGAAGAAUGAAUUGUGUCAUGCAUUCUAUUCCUGUAUCUUCUAUCGAAGAGGGGGGCACUGCACCAACACCAACGUCCUUUUCACAAUCUUUUGAUGAACGGGUUUCCCCUAUACCAGGCUCAAAAGUAAAGGAAUCGGUCAUGGAUAUCAGAUCUGUAAGCUCCUUGGGGUCACCAGUGGUGGUUCAGCGCUCAGUUGAGCCAUUGAUCCUUAAAAAUAAGGCUCCUAGAUGGCAUGAGCAACUGCACUGCUGGUGCCUAAAUUUCAAAGGACGUGUUACUGUGGCUUCUGUAAAGAAUUUCCAGCUUGCGGCGGCUGUUGAGCCAUCCCACAAUGUUCCCCCUGAGGAACAAGAAAAGGUAAUCUUACAAUUUGGUAAAAUUGGAAAAGAUAUCUUCACCAUGGAUUACCAGUACCCCCUUUCAGCGUUUCAAGCCUUCGCAAUUUGCCUGAGCAGCUUUGAUACCAAACCAGCCUGUGAAUGAUAAUCAAGUUCCAAGAGAUCAUAUCUUGGUAUGCUGAUUUGCUUCGUCGCUAUUUUGUAUGUAAAAGAUCUACAGCACUGUACAUGGCCAUCCACAGACGUCUGUGGGCAGUCUCUUUUAUGUAUUGUCGGGUUUUAUUCACAGUGACCUUUUGAAGCCAAAUCACUUAACCUUGGUUGGAUUUUCAUGGCAGUA